AUGGCUCUCAACAACUUUUUCCAAAGUUCAAGCAUCUUCCACCGUUCCUUCUCUCAAAAGCCUUUACGCAUAGUCUCAGCUUCGGGAACGACCUUGACCCUCGAUGACGGGCGAACGAUUAUCGACGCCACAGGAGGGCCUGGCGUGGCCUGUCUUGGGCAUAAUGUGCCUGAGGUAGCUGAAGCUGUCACCAAGCAACUGAACAAAAUAGGCUACCUAUUCUCAGGCGGCGGGUUUUGUGAAGAUACGACGGAAGAGCUAGCUUCGUAUAUCCUUGAAGGCAAUCCUGGUGGUCUCAGCAAAGCCAUUUUCUUAGGCUCAGGCAGUGAAGCAACCGAAGCUAUGCUGAAACUGGUCACUCAAUAUUGGGCUGCAAAGGGAGAAGAGCAACGCAUAAACUUCAUCGCGCGCAAGCAGAGCUACCACGGCAACACUCUCGGUGCUCUAUGUAUCACCGGACACGAGGGCCGCCGCGACAUCUAUCGGCACUGGAUGUCUGAGAAUGUGUCGUUCGUGGAUGCCUGUUGUUCAUAUCGCGGCAAGAUGAACGACGAGUCUGACGAAGCAUAUCUUGAGCGGCUCAUAGGCCAGCUUGAUGCGGAGUUCCAGCGUCUGGGGCCUGACACGGUCGCAGCUUUUGUCGCCGAAACUGUUGCAGGAUCAACACUUGCUUCCGUUCCUGCAGUUAAGGGCUACUUCAAGGCUGUACGGGAGAUAUGCGACAAGCAUGGGGCAUUGCUUGUCCUUGACGAAGUUCUAUGUGGGAUGGGUAGAACAGGUACUCUCCACGCCUGGCAGCAAGAGGAAAUCAGCGGGCCCGACCUGCAAAUGAUCGGAAAGUCGCUCGGUGGUGGUUUUAUCCCGGUUUCUGGAGUCUUAGUUCACCAACGCAUCUUCGACACAAUUGCAACGCCACAAGGCGCGCUAGCAGGCGGACACACGUUCCAGGCACAUCCGACGUCAUGUGCGGCCGCGCUCGCAGUUCAGAAGAUCAUCAGGGAGCAAGACCUUCUGUCGAAUGUGAGAAAGCAGGGCGAGCUUCUUGGGAGGCUGCUGCACGAAGAGCUCGGUCAACACCCACUCACAGGCAACAUCCGCGGUCGUGGGCUGCUGUGGGCUGUUGAAUUCAUGCGCGAUACUGCGACGCGCACACCUUUCCCGAUGGGCGACGAUUUUUCACAUCGAGUGGUGGAUGAAGCGGUCGAGAACCAGGGCGUUCUUGUGCUGAAGAACAUGGGGUUCCCUGGGACUUGGAAGAUGGAUUCAGUUGUGGUAUCGCCACCUUUCAUUGUCACCGAGGAAGAGAUUCGAGAAUCUGUGAAGAGGCUGAGACGAGCAGUUGACGUGAUUGCCAAAGAAUAUCUAGAUGCUGAUGGUAAGCUGGUCCUCCCAAGCUGA